CUGGAUCAGAAUGGCAAUGUUUAACAGUACUGGAAUACUGGAGACUGGAACUAAUGAUAGUCAAGUCUACCGUUGUACUUUAAAAGAACAAUUCAAGUACAUUCUCCUGCCGGUGAGUUACACUUUGGUGUUUGUGUUUGGUCUGGGGUUGAACAUCACGGCCAUGUACAUCAUCCUGUUUCGCACCAAACACUGGAAGCCCAGCACCAUCUACAUGAUCAACCUCAACGUCUGCGACACGCUUUACAUCCUCACCCUGCCGUUCCUCAUCUACUAUUACGCUGAUAAGAACGACUGGCCGUUCGGUGAGCUGAUGUGUAAGCUGAUUCGCUUUCUCUUCUACACAAACCUCUAUGGAAGCAUCCUCUUCCUCAGCUGCAUCAGUCUGCACCGGUUUCUAGGCAUCUGCCACCCGAUGCGCUCUUUGUACUGGAUGAACCGCCGGCGUGCUCGUCUGAUUUCUGUGGGAAUAUGGCUGAUCAUUCUCAUCUUACAGGCACCGAUUCUUUAUUUCUCCCGGAUGAGACAUAAUUAUAAUAAUAAUAAUCUGGUCUGUCAUGACACCACCAUCAAGGAGCUCUUCAAUGACUACAUUGUCUACAGCACGGUGGUGAUGUUUCUGCUUUUUGUCCUACCGUUUGGUGUGGUGCUGGUCUGCAGCGGCCUGAUGGUGAAGAAACUUCUUGAUCCCGGAGAUCUCAGAGAACCAAUGUCACAGUGCUCCAAACAGAAGUCGGUGAAGAUGAUUGUUAUUGUGCUCUUGGCUUUCAUGGUGUGCUUCUUGCCUUUCCAUGUGAACCGCAGUAUUUGCUACACCUUCCGUUACCUUGACAAACAUGACUGCAACUUAUUACUACUCUCCAAUAAUAUCUACAAGGUCUCGCGACCUCUGGCCAGUCUCAACAGCUGCAUUGACCCCAUCCUCUACUUCAUGGCAGGACAGAGCUUCAGAAACAGCUUCAACAAGAAAUCAACCAGGAAGUCUGACAGAACCCUUUUAACAUUACAGUAA